AUGCCUGGCAAUCUAAAAAGCCGCAUCGGUGAUAAUCAUCAACGGCAGCGGUGUGUGAUGGCAGAACCCCCGACCGCCUUGCGGGUCAUUCGUGGCUCCGCCCAGAACUCAGCAGGCAUUCAGACCCUCCUCGAUGCUGAGAGAGAGGCUCAGAAGAUUGUACAGCAAGAUCGCACGAAGCGGAUAAGGGACGCAAAGGCAGAGGCUCAGAAGGAAAUUGACGAGUACAGACAACAGAAGGAGGAGGAAUUCAAGAAGUUCGAGGCUGAGCACUCGAGCGGAUACAAGAAGGCCGAGGAGGAUGCCAACAAAGAGGCCGAGGUCAAGCUUCAAGACAUUCAAGCUGCGGGCAAGGAGAAGGGCGGCAAGGUUGUUGAUGACCUGAUCAAUGCAGUCGUUGAUGUGAAGCCUCAGGCGUCAGACAAGAUAAAGGCAUAG